AGUCUGAUUUGUGACUUUGAGAGUCUUGGUGGAUCAGUCUGGAGCUGAUUAAGGAGAGACCUGAUUCUAACACCAACGAAGCUCAUAUUGUACCUGAUUUUGCAGUGUCCAAAACUAGUUAGCUAGUUGUUCAUGAUUCUAACUCCAACUUCCAUUUCUGCCACAAGUGAACACAACAAGAAAAAGGGGACCGCGCAAAUCUUGGAUAAAAGUUUGUCAUGGUUAGGAAGAGAGAUUCAUUCCGGGAGUAUGCAGAGGAUUUGAAAAAUGGUCGUUUUUUAUGUAAGUUUUGUCAAAAUGGCUAUGCUGGGGGAAUUCCAAUGAUUAAAUCCCAUUUGUCUGGGAUUAGAGGCCGUGAUGUUGAAAUUUGUCUGCAAGUACCUGUGGAUGUUCAAUUAGCUGUAGUACAAGCAAUUGACACUCCUAGUAAGAAAGCUAAAAGCGUGGCUGCAUCAAAUAAUACUUUGGAGGGGGAAAGUAUUUCAACUUCCUCAUCAGCACAAAUGCCAAAUAUACGUGAGGAGAAGGAUAAGAGUAUGGUGGAUCGAAAGUUUGCUAAGUUCGUGAUCUCAGAUAGCAUUUGUUCUGAUGCUAUUCAAUCACCCUUCUCCAAUGAUUUUGUGAAAGGUGUUGCUGAAUAUGGGCCUGGUUACGAAUUACCAAGUUCAUUAACCCUCAAAUCACUGAUAAUGCCUGGUAUCAAGAAGGAAGUUGAGGAAUACAUUCAUAAUGUCAAAAAAAUUCAGUCAAAACAGGUUGUUCCUUAAUAUACAAUAUAUGGCCUAGUAGGAAAUCGUGCAUUAAAACAAUUUCCACCUAUAAGAAUAUUUUAGUAACAUAUAUUUGCAAACAUAAUGUUAGUGUUGGAGAUGGUUUGCAGGCCUUAAAAGUUUCUAUUAUAACAUUAUCUACUGAUUGGGGCAGAACGCCUAAUUACAAACAGGUUGGAGAACUUCUUAAAGGUGCAAGAUUAAUUGAUCAUGCUAUUCAUUGCAAAGAUUUCUGGAUUCGUGGAAAAAAAAAUAGCACAAGUUUUGCGGCCAGUGUUGCAAGCUCUUUGUCUAGUUGAUGGUGAUGGCGCAACAUCAAGAUACUUGUAUGAGAUGAUGGAAAGGGUAAAAGAUGCAAUUAUGCAGUGUCAUGACAAUACUAACUUCCCUUAUGAUUGUAUAUGGGAUAUUUUUCAUAAAAGGCGAAGUGAUAUUAUUCAUCCAAUACAUGCGGUCGCCGCCUUUUUAAAUCCUGCCUAUAUGUAUAGUGAGAAAUUUAAAGAGAAUGUUGAAUUGGCUAAUAGCAUAAGGUUUGCUCUAGAGCAUUUGGUUGAUGAAGAAGAGAAUGAAGUUUUUAUUAACCAAGCACAACUAUACAAGGACUCAAACUUGUUCACAGAUCAAGCCAUUACAAGAGUCAAUCACCUCUAUUUAUCUUUAUAAGAACU